GGAGCAUUCUCCGGGAUUUAGCUAGGGUAGAGGAAGCCGCGGAAGCGGCCUCGCCGGAACCAUGGGCACCCGAUCGCUCACCUCUGGUGUCCGUGCUGGUGGCGGGAACACUGGGUGGCUGUGGAUAAGCUCCUGCAACCUAGGUUCUCCAGUCCUACCAAUUUUCUUUCUUUUUUGGUUGUUACUGGCCGCGCCUGGCGCUUGGGCCGCGGGUUACAAGACAUGUCCCACAACGAAGCCAGGCAUGCUCAAUGUGCACCUGCUGCCUCAUACACAUAAUGACGUAGGCUGGCUGAAGACAGUGGACCAAUACUAUUAUGGCAUGGGCCCUCAUCUCCUGACCUUCAUGUCCACAGUCCUAAGUGAACUGCAGCACGCGUCUGUUCAGUACAUCCUGGACUCAGUGAUCUCCUCUCUGCUGGACAAUCCCACCCGCCGCUUCAUCUAUGUGGAAAUGGCUUUCUUUUCCCGUUGGUGGAAACAGCAAAACAAUGCAACCCAGGACGCUGUACGGAGCCUGGUGCGCCAGGGGCGCCUGGAGUUUGUCAAUGGUGGCUGGGUGAUGAACGAUGAGGCAGCCACCCACUAUGGUGCUAUUGUGGACCAGAUGACACUUGGACUACGCUUCCUACAAGACACGUUUGGUAGUGACGGACUUCCCCGUGUGGCCUGGCAUAUUGACCCUUUUGGCCACUCUCGAGAGCAGGCCUCCCUGUUUGCCCAGAUGGGUUUUGAUGGCUUCUUCCUUGGGCGCAUUGACUAUCAAGAUAAAUUUAAUCGGAAGAAAAAGCUGAGGAUGGAGGAGCUGUGGAGAGCCAGUGCCAGCCUGAAGCCUCCCGCUGCUGACCUCUUUACUAGUGUGCUCCCCAAUAAUUAUAACCCUCCGGAGAAGCUGUGCUGGGAUGUGCUAUGUUUAGACCCUCCUGUGGUGGAUGACCCCUACAGCUCUGAGUUCAAUGCAAAUCAGUUGGUCAGUUACUUCCUGCAGCUCGCCGCUUCCCAGAAAAAGUAUUACCGAACCAACCACACAGUGAUGACCAUGGGCUCAGACUUCCAGUAUGAGAAUGCCAACAUGUGGUUCAAAAACAUGGACAAGCUUAUCUACCUGGUCAACAAACAGCAGGCAAACGGGAGCCAGGUCCACGUUCUCUACUCCACCCCUACGUGUUACCUCUGGGAGCUGAACAAGGCCAAUCUCACCUGGACAGUGAAGGAGGACGACUUUUUUCCGUAUGCCGAUGGCCCCCACAUGUUCUGGACUGGCUAUUUUUCCAGCAGGCCAGCCCUCAAGCGCUAUGAGCGCCUCAGCUACAACUUCCUGCAGGUGUGCAACCAGCUGGAAGCACUGGUGGGUCCCGAAGCCAACGUGGGACCCUAUGGCUCAGGAGACAGUGCACCCCUUAAGGAGGCAAUGGCAGUGCUCCAGCACCACGACGCUGUCAGUGGUACAGCAAAGCAGAAGGUUGUAAAUGACUACGCGAAGCAGCUGGCAGCAGGCUGGGGACCCUGUGAGGUUCUCGUGAGCAACGCUCUGGCGCAACUCAGCAAUUACAAACAGAACUUCUCAUUCUGUCGCGAGCUCAACAUCAGCAUCUGCCCAGUCAGCCAGACGUCAGAGCGCUUCCGGGUAACUGUUUACAACCCCCUGGGGCGAAAGGUGGAUCAGAUGGUUCGGCUGCCGGUCAGUGAAGGCCUCUUCUUUGUGAAGGACCCUAAUGAUAAGAGCAUUGCCAGUAAUGUGGUGAUGGUUCCCAGCUCUUACAGUAAGAUGUACCAAUGGGAGCUGCUCUUCCCGGCCUCAGUGCCCGCCCUGGGCUUCAGCACCUACUCUGUGAACAAAGUGAGUGGCCAUAACCACCAGGCCCGCAACCAGCUGAUCAGGUCCAGGAAACCCAAGUCCCGUGUCAUAGUCAUUGAAAACAAGUACAUACGCGCCACGUUUGACUCUGGCACAGGGUUAUUGAUGAAGAUUGAAAACAUGGAACAGAACCUCUCACUCCCUGUGAGCCAAGGCUUCUUUUGGUACAAUGCCAGCGCUGGUGAUAAGAAGAGUUCUCAGGCCUCUGGUGCCUACAUCUUCAGACCCAGUGUUCGCAAACCACUGGCUGUGAGCCGCUGGGCUCAGAUCAAUUUGGUGAAGACAACCUUGGUGCAGGAGGUAUACCAGAAUUUUUCAGCCUGGUGUUCCCAAGUGAUUCGCCUGUAUGAGGGACAGCGCCAUUUGGAGCUGGAGUGGACAGUGGGACCAAUCCCAGUGAAGGAUGACUGGGGGAAGGAAGUUAUCAGUCGUUUUGACACCCCGUUGAAAACCAAGGGACAGUUCUUCACGGACAGCAAUGGCCGGGAAAUCCUAAAGAGAAGGGAUGAUUAUCGACCCUCCUGGACAUUAAAUCAGACUGAACCAGUGGCUGGAAAUUACUAUCCUGUCAACACUAGAAUUUACAUUACGGACGGGCACAUGCAGCUGACGGUGCUGACCGACCGCUCCCAGGGGGGCAGCAGUCUGAAGGAUGGCUCGUUGGAGCUCAUGGUGCACCGACGGCUGUUGGUAGAUGAUGAUCGUGGAGUGUCGGAACCCUUGUUGGAGACAAAUACCGGGGAUAAGGUUCGAGGGCGCCACCUCGUGCUUUUGAGUUCUGUUAGUGAUGCGGCUGCCGGACACCGACUGCUGGCGGAGCAAGAAGUCCUGGCCCCUCAGUUGGUGCUGGCUCUGGGUGAUAGCAGUCCAUAUAACUCCCAGGCAGCACCAAAAAUGCAGUUCUCCGGCCUUCGGCAGGAGCUACCUCCACAGGUGCAUCUGCUCACCCUGGCUCGCUGGGGUCCAAAGAUGCUGCUGCUGCGGUUGGAGCACCAGUUCGCUGUGAAAGAAGAUUCAAAUCGCAACCUGAGCUCCCCUGUAACCGUGAACUUGCAGGACAUGUUCCAGACUUUCACUAUCAUCUACCUGCAGGAGACCACACUGGCAGCCAACCAGCCCCUGUCCAGGGCUUCCAGGCUCAAGUGGAUGACAAACACUGAUCCUGUCUCCUACCCUUCUCGUUCCACGUUGGACCCUACCUCAGUCACACUGCAGCCUAUGGAGAUACGUACCUUCCUGGCCUCGGUUCAAUGGCGAGAGCAUAGCUAGGCCUGCCAGGAGGAGGGACGGGCCUCCCCUUCUCUUGCUGUAACCACUCACAGAAAUCAUUAAAAGGCUUCUACUCACGCUCA